GUUCCUGGAGAUCACAAGUAGGGCAAUUGCGGAGUGCCGCGCGCCACGUCUUAUCAUUUACUCAAUCAGUUAUCAAUCAAUCAAUCGGAUAUCGGCAGGAGGUGACAUCCUCCAUCUCAUCCACCUGCGCAAACGGAAUUAUUUUCAGUUAACCGCAAAAGGUUGGUUUCAAAGGAACUGAUCCAUCAAGCUCGUUGCAAAUGUGCCAGUCGCGCGCGUUUAAUUCUCUUAAUAACAACAUGGUCUCUGACUGACGGAAACACCUUUGCCUUUGGAGAGGAAUAGGGACGGCGACAACAAGCAAGUCUGUUUAGCUCGUGUCACUGCUGUUGGGACACUCUGACUGCAUUGUUAAGUUUAAUAUUUAUUAAGAGUUGAGAUUGUCGCUGUGUUACGCCUGCCCGGCAGUCGUGAUCUGCGGGAAUGAAACUGAGGAAAUCCGCCGCGGCUCGGAGAACUGGGCUGGCUCGGGAACUACAAGGCUAGAUAGACAACUUUUGUUUUAGACUUUAUCUUUCCAUAUGGACCGAUCGGCAUCGCUGGACAUUGAGGCGCUGAAGAUGACUCAGGAGCAGUACAUUCUGGCAUCUCAGCCCAACCCCCUCCAGAGACCGGGCUGUGCCACUGUAUACCCAGUGGGGAUUUAUGGUUGGCGAAAGCGCUGCCUCUAUUUCUUCAUUCUCCUACUCCUCGUCACUAUGAUCGUCAACCUAGCCUUGACCAUAUGGAUCCUAAAGGUCAUGAACUUCACCGUGGAUGGCAUGGGCAAUCUUCGUGUAACCAAAGAGGGCAUCAGAUUAGAGGGAGUUUCGGAGUUCCUACUUCCGCUUUAUGUGAAAGAAAUUAAAUCAAGACGGGACAGUCCUUUGAUCCUACAGUCAGACCGCAAUGUGACUGUAAAUGCAAGAAAUAACCUUGGCCAGCUGACAGGACAGCUCACUGUGGGUGCAGAGAUGGUGGAGGCCAAGUGUCAGCAGUUCGAGGUGAGGAGUAGUGAUGGAGAGAGAGUUCUCUUCUCUGCUGAUGAGGAGGAGAUCAGUAUUGGCACAGAUAAACUGAGGGUCACAGGCAAUGAGGGAGUUGUGUUUAGUCAUUCAGUGGAGACGCCACAUGUUCGAGCUGAACCAUUCCAAGACCUGAAACUAGAGUCUCCGACGAGGACACUGACACUGGAGGCCCCUAAAGGUGUUGAAGUGAAUGCAGGAGUUGGGGAAUUCAAAGCUUCCUGUAGGAAAGACCUCACUUUAGAGUCUUCAGAAGGAGAGAUCUUUCUAAAUGCAAACUCGAUCCGUCUUGGAAAUCUUCCACAUGGGAGUGUGGACCCUUUGCUUGGUCCAGGGACCACGUACCCCAAACAGACUGUGUACGAGGUGUGUGUAUGUCCCAGUGGGAAGCUCUAUUUGUCCCCUGCAGAGAGCUCUUCUACCUGCCAGACUACCAACAGUGUGUGUCUCUGGAGCUGAGAAAGGUGGGUGGGCCAUGGACCACCCAGCACCAGAAAGGCCUUCCUUCACCUUUCCUCUCUUGCUCCUUUCCUUACUCCUCCUUAUUCCUCUCUCCACUGAACACUGUUUCUUUCCUUUUUUGUGUCUGUAUCUCUAUCUAUCUAUCUAUCUAUCUAUCUAUCUAUCUAUCUGUCUGUCUAUCCAUCCA